AUGCAGGCAAACUCUGGGUCAGAGAGCGCAUCGAACUAUUACUCGAUCCUGACAGUUUUCACGAGAUUUGGAGCACUGCGGGCACUCACGUGGAUCAAAGUCAAUGCGCUCUCCAGGAAUGCAAUGGAAGCAGAACGACAAACGGUCACAGAUUUCACACCAAGCAAUAAUGUUCAGGGGGGUCGAUGCGUCCUGCUCACCGCAGACGACUUUACGUUACGCGCUGGGCAUGCUGACGGCGCCACUUUUGAAGAAGCUUUAAGUAUACAAGAUCUUGGAGGUCCAAGCAUUCAUUGUGGCAAUGGGGUUAUCGAUAACUACGCCUCAAACGAGAAAGGAUGCUAUGACCAAAUCGCACAGUUUGUCACAUACGUUCCAAAUCAUGGAGGGAUCCUACCCCCGGUAACGUCCUUGAGUGACGCCGUCGAUCGAGAUUGUUCCAGCCUGCGAUCGUCGAUUCUGCGGCGACGUCAACGGAUGUACCAGGUCAGACCUAUCAUUCUUUCAAUUGUGGACAAAGACUCCUUCUUUGAAAUUGGGCCUCACUGGGGACGGAGUGUCGUGGUCGGCCUUGCGCAGAUGAAUGGUCGACCUAUUGUAACAAGGCAAAGUGGCUGUGCUGUGAUGGGCUGUGCUGAGCUGGUAGAGCGGUGGCAGGGAGGAAAAGUUGUCUAG